GAAAUAACAGUAACUGAUAUCCUUGAUUGUUGGGCGGUUAUGACGGGCAAUUCAUUAGUCUUUGGAAUAUGAAUGUUCUUCAUUAAUGUGUUAUUAUGUUGGCAGAGACUAUUUGCGCCCCCUUUUUUGCUAAGUCCGCCAUCCCCAAACACGCGAAAAGACUAAAAUACCCUUCAGUAAUUUAAAUUUAAAAAAAAAAAAAAAACUACCUUAUCUCUACAAACCCUCCCCCCUCUUUCAACCGUAUACCAUCUUCCUCUCCCACCCAAUUUCAAAAGUUUCAACCCUCACAAAAUCAAGUAUCUCAAACCCACAACCAAGUCAAGAAGAGGAAGAGAAAGGAGGACAACCAGUAAGAAGAAGAAGUAAGAAGAAGAAGUUGAAGUAGAAGAGGAAGAAGGAGACCAAGUCAAGAAGGAGUAACCCACAAAAUACAACAACAACCCAUAACCCACAAGAAGAACAACAAUGCCUCCUAGGAAAACUGCCCGUGUUGUUGGUCCUUCUACUGAACCUACUGCUCCACGGGAUCGUAGCUCCACUCAUGCUUCUAACCGCAAACGGUCAGAAGAGGCUAAUAGAGGAAGGGGUAGAGGAAGGGGUCGAGGAAGGGGUAGAGGAAGGGGUAGGAAUGCUGAACAAGAGCCUGCUGUACAGGAUCAGCAGGAUGAUGAGAUUAUGGCUGAUCAGCCGGAUGAUGACACUGAGGCGGAGGAGGAGACUAGUGGUGAGGAGGAGACUAGUGGUGAGGAGGAGGCUGAGGAGGAUGUCGGUGCUGACCUCGAGGCGGAGUUUGAUGAGGAGUCUGGUGAUGAGGACGAUGAGAACAGGUUGUGGUAUGAGGGAGGUCCGUUUGACCUUUGCUUGUUGACUAAGUAUGACGAACAUAUAGCUCGUGACAUAUGGAGGUCAUACAAGCGGCCAAAUUAUGAGACUAGAGGUGUGCUCAAGACCUAUAAUCAUGGGAGGAUGUGUCAUCCUGUAGUCCAUCAUGCUCGGCACAUAAGGGGUGCGGUGCAUAAUGCAGGUUUGCGGUGGGUGAUGAAAUGCACAAGCCCGAGUGUUGACCAGAGCAUUAUUUCUGCUUUUGUUGAGCGAUGGCAUCCUGAGACGUCAUCUUUCCACUUACCCUGGGGGGAAAUGACGAUCACACUUGAAGAUGUCUCAGCAUUACUCCACUUGCCCGUAGAGGGUGAGUUCUUCUCCUUUGGUAACCCGACUAGGGAAGAGGCGGCUCCUGCGGUUGCUCAGUUACUUGAUGUGGACAUUGAGCUUGUGAUGGAGGAGUUUGAUGCUUGUAGGGGUCCAUCUCUUCGCUUUAGCUUUCUCCAAGCUAUUGUGGAGAAACACGUAGAGGCCAACAAUGAAGUUCCUGCAUGCCGAGCUUAUAUGCUGCGGUUGAUUGGCAUGACCCUUUUCUGUGACAAGAGCAACACAUAUAUUGGUGCUGUGUAUUUGUCUCUGUUUGAAGAUGUUGAGAAUGCAUCAAGGUGGAAUUGGGGAGCUGCCACUUUGGCUUACUUGUAUGGUCAGCUCGGGGAGGCCAGUAGGAAUGGUGCUAAGUCUGUUGCUGGUUAUUUAUCUCUUCUGCAGUCAUGGGUGUUUGCCCACUUCCCCGGAUCAGUGUUUGAGCGCAGGGACAACCCUGCCUACACACCAGACAGGCCUGUUGCACUAACUUGGGAGGCGCUUCGAGGGACUACUGAGGUUGCGCAGAAGAGGAUGAACCUGGAUACGUUUCCGGCCAGUUCUGUGAUUUGGAGACCUUAUGUAUAGCACUAUGAUCACUGGC